UCUGGUGAAGAUAACUGCUCCGAUGGCGUGGUGCUGCCCAUGUGGAACCCCCAAAACCCUGCAGUUGGUGACAAGGUGGCACGCGCUAUUGUUUACUUUGCAGCUCUUAUAUACAUGUUCCUGGGCAUGUCCAUUAUCGCAGACCGCUUCAUGUCUUCUAUUGAAGUCAUCACCUCUCAGGAAAGGGAGAUCACCAUCAAGAAGCCCAACGGUGAAACGACGACAACUACUGUACGCGUCUGGAAUGAGACGGUAUCCAACCUGACUCUCAUGGCGCUGGGCUCAUCUGCACCAGAGAUCCUGCUGUCUGUCAUUGAAGUGGUCGGCCAUGAUUUUGAGGCUGGAUCUCUGGGUCCCAGCACCAUUGUGGGCAGCGCUGCAUUCAACAUGUUCAUUAUCAUCGCUAUCUGUGUCUAUGUGGUGCCAGAAAAUGAAACCCGCAAGGUAAAGCACCUGCGGGUGUUUUUUGUCACUGCUGCCUGGAGCAUCUUCGCCUAUAUCUGGCUGUAUAUCAUCCUGUCUGUGGUCUCCCCAGGGGAGGUGGAGGUUUGGGAGGCUGUCCUCACCUUCCUCUUCUUCCCUGUGUGUGUGCUGCAAGCCUGGAUUGCAGACAGGCGCCUGCUCUUCUACAAGUACGUCCAUAAGCGUUAUCGUGCUGACAAGACCCAUGGCAUUAUCAUUGAGUCAGAGGGAGAUGCCAUGUUCACUAAAAUGGACUUGGAGAUGGACGGCCAGGGUGUGAACUCCCACACUCACCCCAAAGAGGCUCUGGAUGGGAUGCUGGAGGGGGUGGAGGAAGGUGGAGGGAUGAGUGCGGAGCAAGAUCAAGAGGAAGAGGCCCGGCGGGACAUGGCUCGCACCCUGAAAGACUUAAAGCAAAGGCACCCGGAGAAAGACAUGGAGCAGCUGAUUGAGAUGGCCAACUACCAAGUGCUGGUCCAACAACAGAAGAGCCGGGCCUUCUAUCGCAUUCAAGCCACACGCAUGAUGAUCGGAGCUGGAAACAUCUUGAAAAAGCACGCCGCUGACCAGGCCAGAAAGGUGGUGAGCUGUCAUGAGGCCACUGGGCAAGAGGAAGAUCCCAACACCAUCUACCUGCAGUUUGAGACCUCACACUACCAGUGCUUUGAGAACUGUGGCUCACUGAAGCUGUCAGUGACCCGGCAUGGGGGAGAAAGUGGCUGCACUGUGAAGGUGGACUACCGCACAGAGGAUGCGACUGCUAAUGCCGGCUCAGACUAUGAGUUUGCUGAGGGCACUUUGGUCUUCAAGCCCGGCGAGACAACAAAAGAGUUCACUGUUGGUGUUAUUGAUGAUGAUAUUUUUGAAGAGGAUGAGCAUUUCUACGUGCGCCUGAGUAAUCCACGUAUUGUGCAUCGAGCCGAGGUCUCUGUCCUGGAGCCGAGCUCCAUCACCUCCAGCAACAGCACAGUGGGCCUCUCCCAGGUUCCUCCGAAGGCAGCCCUGGGCAGCGCUCAUGUUGCCACGGUUACCAUUUAUGAUGAUGACCACGCUGGCAUUUUUACAUUCGAGAGUAACUCCAUGAGGGUCAGCGAGAGCAUCGGCAGCAUGCAGGUGAAAGUUCACCGGACGUCCGGAGCAAGGGGGAAGGUGGCAGUGCCGUACCACACCGUCGAGGGCACCGCCAAGGCAGGCGAGGACUACGAGGAGGUGUCCGGCAAGCUGGAGUUUCAGAACGAUGAGACCAUGAAGCUGCUGAAUGUGAAGGUGAUCGAUGACGAGGAGUACGAGAAGAACAAGACUUUCACGAUUGUGUUGGAGGAGCCCAUCCUGCUGGAUGUGGGACAGAGACACGGAGACACCAAUGAUAACAAGACAGCAGUGGGACCGGAAGACGUGUCAAAGAUGGGGUGCCCCUGUCUGGGUGAGCACACCAAGCUGGAGGUGGUAAUUGAGGAGUCCUAUGAAUUCAAGAGCACAGUGGACAAGCUGAUCAAGAAGACGAACCUGGCCCUGGUGGUGGGGAGCAGCAGCUGGAGGGAGCAGUUUGUUAGUGCUGUCACUGUCAGCGCAGGUGAGUCGCAACAUCGUGACGAUGAUGAGGAAGAGAGCGGGGAGGAACGCUUGCCAUCCUGCUUUGAUUACAUCAUGCACUUCCUGACAGUUUUCUGGAAAGUCCUCUUCGCUUUUGUCCCACCCACUGAGUACUGGAACGGCUGGGCCUGUUUCUUCGUGUCCAUUUCCCUCAUCGGCGCUCUGACAGCUGUGACCGGGGACUUAGCCUCUCAUUUCGGCUGCACCGUCGGUCUCAAAGACUCGGUCACCGCUGUGGUGUUCGUGGCCCUAGGCACCUCUGUUCCAGAUACAUUUGCGAGUAAAGUGGCUGCGAUCCAGGACCAAUACGCUGACGCCUCCAUCGGCAACGUGACGGGCAGCAACGCAGUCAAUGUGUUCCUGGGCAUCGGGGUGGCGUGGACCAUCGCGUCCGUUUACUGGAAGACCAAAGGCCAGGUGUUCAAGGUGAACCCUGGCUCCCUUGCUUUUUCCGUCACCGUCUUCACCAUCAUGGCGCUGGUGUGUGUGGUGGUGCUGCUCUACCGCCGGCGUCCCAGCGUGGCAGGUGGAGAGCUCGGGGGCCCACGGACACCCAAGCUCCUCACCUUCUUCAUGUUCCUCUCCCUCUGGUUCCUCUACAUCCUGUUGUCCUCCCUGGAGGCUUACUGCCAUUUGCCUGGCUUCUGA